AUGCAUAUAAAGGCCGAAGGGCACGGUUUCAUGGAACGAGUAAUCAGUCUAUGGUCACCAAUGGCGACCACCAGAAUUGUGCUGCUUCUGGCAGCACUAAGUCAAUACACAGCUAAGGCGAAUUAUUGCCCGUGCGCUGAAUCACCAUAUUAUGCUCCACCGCUAGUAUUGCCGCCGCCACUUCCUGCAGUGGUCCCGGCUGCACCAGCACUGUUGCCCCCAGCACCUUUAUACCCAGCGCCUCUACCCCCAGCGCCUCUAUAUCCAGCACACCUGCCCCCACCGCCUCUAUAUCCAGCACCUCUGCCUCCACCGCCUGUCUAUCCAGCCCCUCUACCCGCGCCGCCGUUCUACCCAGCACCUCUACCCCCAGCACCAAUACCUCUACCAGUUCAUCCCCCAUUACCACUGCCCCUACCACAUCCUGCUCCGGUUCCCCUGCCUCUACCAGGCUUUCCACCAGCACCUCUACCGCCGCCACCACCUCCUGGUUGUCCCGGAGCAAUCCCUAUUCCUAUGCCUCCAAUGCCACCCCUUUAUGUUACUCUACCACCGCCAGCUCCUAUCUAUGUAACUCCACCACCCGCUCCACCACUACUUGUCGAAAUUCCAGCAUUACCACCUAUAACAGUCACCCCACCACCGUUGCCGCCUAUGCUAGUAUCACCGCCUCCGCCACCUCCUGUGACGGUCAACCCCCCUACGUCCCCGCCAAUUUGCGUAACUCCUCCUCCCCAACCACCCAUAAUGGUCACCCCUCCAACCCCACCUCCCAUGUACGUAAAUCCUCCACUGCUCCCGCCCAUGCUCAUAGAUAUUCCUAUGCCACCCCCAGUUGUGAUAGAGCUGCCGCCGCCGCCACCGAUCGUUGUCCAACCGCCGCCAUUAGGCCAGAUAAUGGUGCAGCCACCACCCCUGCCCCCAAUACCUGUAGAGCUGCCACCACCACCGCCAAUGAUGCUGCAGCCGCCGCCUUUGCCGCCACUUUGCGUCCAGCCGCCUCCACCACCGCCAAUCAGCGUCCAACCCCCAGCUCCUCCGCCAAUGACUAUUCCCCUGCCACCACUGCCGCCUUUAACUGUCCAGCCGCCGCUACCGGAACCUAUUUACGUCGAGCUGCCUCCACACGGACCUGUUAUGGUCCAGCCUCCACCAUUGCCUCCGUUCUGCGUUCAACCACCGCCUCCACCACCGAUGUGUUUGCAGCCGCCCCCACCACCACCUAUUUGCUGUGGCUCGUCCCCAUUACCACCGUCAGCUCUGCCAGCCCCAAUUUAUUUGUAGUAAUAAUAUAUUUAGAUAAAUAUUUUGAAUACUGAAUCACAUAAAUAAGUGUAUUUUUUUUACUUUGUUGUCAUAACAUAUUAAUGUAAAAUAUGAAUUUAUUUAAUUAAAUAAAUAAGUGAUUUAUA